AUUUGAACAAUUCUAUGAGGAAACAUAGAUUUUGGUUAAGAAAUCAUAUCAAACAUCGUUCAGAACACAGUGAAUAUUUUACUUUUUUCCAAACAGCUGAUGAAGAAACUUUCGAAAAUUCUUAUAGAGUUUCAAGAUGUACUUUUUAUGAACUUCACUCCCUGAUUGAACCAUAUAUUCGGAAACAAGACACAAAUUACAGAAAUUCAAUUAGUAGCCGUGAAAGAUUAGCGGUGUGUUUAAAGUAUUUAGCAACCGGCCAGUCAUUUACAACGAUGGGAGAGAAUUUUAGAAUUGGAUUGAAAAGUGUAUCAAGAAUUGUUGAGGAGGUUUGUGAUGCUUUAUGGAAUAUAUUGCAACCUCUUGUCAUGUCACAACCAACAGAAAACGACUGGAAAGAAAUCGCAAAAGAUUUUGAUGAACUAUGGCAAUUUAAAAAUUGUAUAGGUGCUCUUGAUGGCAAGCACGUAUAUAUCAAGGCUCCCUCGAAAACCGGGUCCUCGUUUUUCAACUACAAAAAGAGAUUUUCUGUAGUAUUGAUGUGUUUAGCUGAUGCCAAAAGGAAAAUCAUAAUGGCUGAUGUGGGAUCUAUGGGAAGAUUUUCUGAUGCAGGAAUUUUUGAUAACAGCAUUUUCGGAAAGAGUCUAAAAGAAAAGAGAUUGAAUUUACCUCAGCCGGUACCAUUUUAUCAAGGUGGAGCAAAAAUGCCGUUCGUAUUUAUAGGAGACGAAGCUUUUCCAUUAAUGGAAAAUUUUAUGAGGCCUUACCCACGUGAUGGACUUAACGCAGAAAAAAAAAUUUUUAAUUACCGAUUAUCAAGAGCACGUCGUAUUGUUGAGGCAACUUUCGGUGUAUUGACGAGAAAGUGGUACGUGUAUCAUAAAGAUUUUGAAUGCAAAAUAGAAACAGUUGACAAGGUAAUAAAAGCAACAUGUGUUUUGCACAAUUAUUUAAUUCAAAGACAACCUAAUUAUAUAAACAAUAUUGAAAAUAACAUGGAGCAAUCAUUAUUAUCAGUUGGUGAUAUUAUAGAAACACAACAUUCUAGUAACGAUGGUUAUCAAGUUCGUGAAAUGUAUUGUUCAUACUUUAAUAAUCAGGGGAAGGUACCAUGGCAAGAUACUCGAAUUUUGAAAAGAAUCUAUAAUAGUCAGUGAUGUGAGACAGAUAUAGAUAAUUUGGCCAGCUGCGGACAUUAUUUAACUAUUUAGGCUAUUACAUUAUAUAGGCUAUUUUGUUAAAUAAAAAAAAAGAUAUCAAUAUGUACCUACUAGAAGGUAUUAUAGAAUAAAGAUACAUAUUAUUUACCAUCCGAUAUGUUU